UAUUUAUCUUUGUUUUUUUUGUUUUUUUUUUCUUCUUGUUUUGUGUUUUGUAUAUAUACAAGAUCAUUAGCAUAUAAUGGAUCCUAAACAAACAACAACUGGAUUUGGUAAAAAUCCACGACCACCAAAGGUCAAGAACAAGAGCGCAGCGCCUAUUCAAAUCACAGCCGAACAAAUCCUUCGUGAAGCUCAUGAUCGUCGUUUAGAACCUACUCACAGUAUCCCUCAACAAAAGAUUGCUGAUCUUGAAGAACUAGGCGAGUUUCGUCAACGUAAACGAAAAGAAUUUGAAGAUAACAUUCGUAAAAACCGUUUGAACAUUAGUAAUUGGAUCAAGUAUGCCAACUGGGAAGAGAGUCAAAUGGAAUUCCAACGUGCUCGUUCUGUUUUUGAACGUGCACUCGAUGUUGAAUGGCGUAAUAAUGCUAUUUGGUUACGUUAUGUUGAUAUGGAAUUGAAGAAUAGAAACGUAAACCAUGCUAGAAAUUUAUUGGAUAGAGCCACAACUCUAUUGCCUCGUGUUGACCAGUUUUGGUACAAGUAUACGUAUAUGGAGGAAACAUUAGGCGAGGUACCUAAGGCUAGAAAUGUAUUUGAAAGAUGGAUGAAAUGGGAACCUGGAGAAAAUGCCUGGAUGGCUUAUAUAAAGAUGGAAUUAAGAUAUGAUGAGAAGCAAAGAGCUCGUGCAAUCUAUGAACGAUUUGUGAGUAUUCAUCCAGAACCUGCUAAUUGGAUCAAAUGGGCUCGAUUUGAAGAAGAACAUAAUAAUUUAAAUAAAUGCAGAGAGAUCUACACUGCAGCUCUUGAAUUCAUGGGCGAUGAGAAAUUAGACCAAAAAUUACUUGUUGCCUUUGCGAAAUUUGAAAUUAAAGCUAGAGAGUAUGAAAGAGCUCGCGUUAUCUUUAAAUAUGGUUUAGAUCGUCUUCCUAAAUCAAAAUCACAAUCGCUUUAUAAUCAAUACACCAAUUUCGAAAAGCAGUAUGGCCAUAAGGCAGGCAUUGAAGAAGUUGUGAUUGGAAAAAGACGUGUACAAUAUGAACAAGAGAUUGACGAAAAUCCCAAAAACUAUGAUAUUUGGUUUGAUUAUGCAAAAUUAGAAGAAUCAGCAGGUGAACCAGCUCGAGUUCGUGAAGUUUAUGAACGUGCUAUUGCGCAAGUUCCACCAGCUGAAGAAAAGCGAUUUUGGAGACGAUACAUUUAUCUCUGGAUUAAUUAUGCCCUUUAUGAGGAACUGGAAAAUAAGGAUAUUGAACGAACACGAGAGAUUUAUGAACAAUGCAUUCAACUGAUACCACAUAAAAAAUUUACCUUUGCAAAGAUUUGGUUACUUUACGCUCAAUUUGAGAUUAGACAGAUGGAUAUCACAAAGGCAAGAAAGUUACUGGGAAGAGCGAUUGGCCAAUGUCCUAAAAAUAAGCUUUUCAAGGGUUAUAUUGAUUUAGAAUUUCAAUUAAGAGAAUUUGACCGUUGUCGUACGAUUUAUACAAAAUGGAUUGAAUACGAUUCAUCCAACUGUUCAGCUUGGAUUCAAUUUGCCGAGAUGGAAAAGAAUGUGUUGGAUGAGGUUGAAAGAUGUCGUGCUAUUUUCGAGUUGGCCGUUUCUCAAGAACAUCUUAAUAUGCCUGAAUUAUUAUGGAAGGCCUAUAUUGAUUUCGAAAUUGGAGAAGAAGAAUAUGAAAAGACAAGAGACCUUUAUUAUCGCUUAUUGGAACGUACUGAACAUGUUAAAGUCUAUAUUAGUUUUGCACAAUUUGAACUCUCUAUACCGUAUGAAGAUGGAAAUGCGGAAGGUAUUAGACGUGCUCGUAAGAUCUUUGAAGAAUCUUAUAACAAGAUGAAGGAGAAGGAGCUUAAAGAUGAGCGUGUUCUUUUACUUGAAGCAUGGAAAGACUUUGAAGAGAACUACGGCACAGAUGAAACAAAGGAAGUGGUUACUAAGAAAAUGCCUAAAGUUGUUAAGAAGAGAAGAAGAGCUGCUGAUUCAACUGAAGAUAAUGUUAUUUGGGAAGAAUACUUUGACUAUAUCUUUCCUGAUGAUGAAGUUCAAAAUCGUUCACUUAAAUUCUUACAAAUGGCACAAGCUUGGCAAGCAAAGCAAAAAGAAAAAAGCAAUACAUCAGAAACUAAUGAAUAAAGUUAAUAAAGUGUUUUUACAUUAUG